AUGCCUCCGAAGAAACGGAAGAACAGCGAUGUUCCACCGACAAUGACCAAGAAAAGGGCGAAAACAACGGCCUCACAUACCGCCACAACCAGUGUAAACACGAAUGACCCUGCCAUUUUGGCAAUAACUGAAAAUACCCGAAAUAGGGCAGCAAGAAGACCGGUUUUAGACACGCCUGGACUGUCCGGGAACCAAUCCCAGGCUGUAAAUGAGGGCGAUUCUCGUUUAACAAGCCAAAUCAUCGGCAACCAAUCCCAGCCUGGUGUCGAUGUACACACACAAAUGACAAGACAGAUAGUGGACAAUAUUUCCAGUACACUGGAGAGCUUAGUGGAGCGGAAGAUCUCUGAAAUUUUGGGGAAAAACAUGCCCCAGACAUCCACUCCAACGACUGAUCAAGAACAGCAUCUGAAUGAUCGUGGGAUUCAAUCAAUCCAACAUGAGGGACACUGGAACAAUCUUCCAAACUACAACAUUGUGCAAACAGAACAUAGCACUUUCACAGGUACUGGUAUUUCUGGGAUCCCAUCAAUUUUGAAUAAUUCUAUAUCCCUUCAAACGUCACCGUCCAUACCUCUUUACGCUUCAGUUCCCCUCAAGGUCAAAGAAAAAAUUUGGGCUAAUGAAUUUGUGGAUUUUUCCACUGCUUUCAGUAAGUCUGCUGACACUUUUAACAUAACAAUUUCUAGUGAAGGUAUACAGUCCCUGACCCCUAUGACCUCACGAAAAUUUUUAAACAUCGAGCAGUGGACAGAUACUUUUGCCGUUUUUUCUUCAGUGUAUAGGCAAAAAUAUCCAGACUCUGCCGAACAACUAGCGCAGUACUGCAACACUGUACGCGCUAUUGCCAAAGCCCGUGGAAACUGGCAUUUCUACGAUUCAAACUUUCGUCAGUUACGUCAAAACCACCCCUUCCCUUGGGACUCCAUUCACCACGAGCUUUACAUCAAAGCGUUGAAUCAGAGGCAGCCCUUUCGGUCAACCGGCCCACAAACGGGCCAAUCCAGUAAAACCUGUAACCGGUUUAAUAGGGGAGAAACAUGCAACGGCUGCAGUUUCUCCCACAGAUGCAGAACAUGCUCCGGCAAUCAUCCCCAGUUUAAAUGCUGGAAUAGAACUUCAGGAGCCGAUCAGUCCAGGUUCAAAUCAAACCCAGGUCAAGCACAUCAAAUCAGGUCAAACAACCAAAACAGGUCAGACAACCAGAACAGUUCUAACAACCAAAACAGGUCUAACCAACAAAACAGGUCAAAUAAUAAGUAACGAUCCUUUACCCACUCCUGUCAAUUGGCAAAUAUUACAUACCCUUCUAGAUGGUUAUGAUGCUGACGACAAAAAAUAUCUCGUGGAAGGUUUUAAGUCUGGGUUUAAACUUAAUUUCUGUGGCGAUAGAACUAGCUCUGAUAGCCCAAAUCUUAAAUCCGCAAAAGAGCAUCCUGAGAUAAUUUCUAGAAAAUUAGCCAAGGAAGUGCAAGCAGAACGAAUAAAUGGCCCGUAUGACAAACAACCCUUUGCCGAAUUUAAAGUAUCGCCAAUUGGAGUUGUUCCAAAAAAGGAAUCUGGCGAUUUUAGAAUGAUUCACCACCUGUCAUACCCUCGUCACACUGGAACGUCAGUAAAUGGCCAAAUCCCGCCAGAUUUCACAGAAGUUUCUUAUGAAAAUGUAGAUGACGCUAUAAAAAUAAUCAAAUCCCUUGGUAGAAAUUCAUACAUGGCCAAAACAGACAUCUGUUCAGCAUUCCGCAUUAUCCCUGUACAUCCAUCUGACUACGGUCUUCUAGGCUUUAGAUGGGAUAACAAAUACUACUAUGACAAAUGCCUCCCAAUGGGAGCUUCGUCAAGCUGUAGGAUUUUUGAGACUUUUAGCUCUGCAUUGAAGUGGAUAGCCAUUAACAAGUUCGGUAUUCGUCACAUCGUCAAGAUUCUUGAUGAUUUCCUUUUUCUUGCACCAACCUUUCAUGAAGCUAAAGAGGCCCUAGACUCUUUCUGCCAAAUGUGUGCGUUGAUUAAGGUGCCCUUGAAUGCAGAGAAAACAUUUUCUCCAUCACCUGUCAUGACUUUCCUAGGCAUAACAUUAGAUUCAAUUCAAAUGCAGGCCCGUCUACCUAAAGACAAACUUGCAAAAACAGCUAGGCUUCUGUGCGACUUAAGAUCAAGAAAUACC